AUGCUUUUACGUAUAUGUUUUAUUUUUGCUGUUGUUCAUGGACAAUUAUCUGUCAAUGAAUUAUUCUCUUUUAAUUCGAAAUAUACUUUAACUGGUAAUUGUAAUGAUUUUAAAUAUACAUUUAAUAAUCUUCGAUUAUAUUCAAAUAAUUACAAUCAACUUAUUUUUAAUUGUACAUCAUCAAGUCUUAUUUUUCAAAAUCAAGAACAUGCAUCUUCAUUAAUUUGUCCUAAUGUUGAAAAUUAUUUUCAGAAUUUUCGUAUUCAUUUUCAACAAUUAUCUCAAACAUCAAUACAAGUAAAUCAACUUCGUUUACAUGGUAUUGAACUUUGUUCACUUGAUGAUCUCAUUCGAAAUGUAUAUCAUGAAUAUGCAUAUUAUCGUUCUCGAUGGGCUUUAUUAAUUAAUCUAGAUAAUCAUAAUAAUAAUAAACAAGAACAACAACAUUUAGCAGUAGCUACAAAUGGUGAAAUGACAUUUAUUUUAUUUCUAUUAUCAUCUGAAUAUAAUAGUACAUCGAUAGAAAAUGAAAUUAAACUUAUUCUUCCUAAUGAAAAUAUCUUCAAAUUUAAUCAAUCAUUAGCUAAUAUUUGGCGAAUUGAUCAAGGUUAUAUACGUUAUCCAAUAUCUUUGGAAAAUUCUUUUGUAUAUCAAUUAUCGAAAUCAGAAUUUACUCUUUUUAAUAAUGAAACAUUCUUUGUUUAUGGUACACAAAUAUCUUUUCCACGUCGAUAUCGUGUUUUAAUCGAUGGAGUAUUAGCUAUAUGUAAAUAUGAUUAUAUACUUCAAUGUACAUUUCCUAUUUUAUCUUUAAAUGUCUAUGAUACACAUGAACCUUUGUUAAAUAUUGUUUAUAAUGGUUAUAGUAUGUUUAAUACUAGUUUAAAAUUAAUUCCACGUACUCGUCUCCAUCAAAUUCCAACCAAUCAUAGUUUAACUGAUAUUGAAACAUUUGAAGUCCGUAUUGCCGCAAAUCUUUGCAUUGACGAUUCGUUGAAAUCAUUGUUUACUUUUAUCAUUCAUCUUUGGAAAGAAGAUGUUAAUGGUACUGCACGAUAUGAAAAAUUUGAUAAGAACAAUAUGUUACUAAUUCCUUGUAACGCAACAGCUAAAAUUGGUGAAAAGAUUAACGAACAUGUAAGUUCAAUAUCAAUCGAUGAUAUUAUAUCAAUGGAUGUUGAUUUAAUACAUGAAUGGUAUGAUCAUCGAAAUUGUCAAACAGAACAAACAAGAAUUUCAUUUAUUUAA